GGUGUAUUUGGCACAAAAUUCAAGGUUGAUUUAUUUAUUUGUUGUCCAUUUAUUCGUUCGCUCUUUCGUUCAUUCAUUCAUUCAUUCAUUCGACCAUUCACUCAUUUAACCAUUUAUCCAUUUUUUUAUUCUAGAUUUUAUUCAUUCCUUCAUUCAGUCAUAAAUUCACUUCAUUCAAACAUUCACUCAUUCAUUAACUCAUUCACUUAUUUGUUCAUUCACUUAUCUGCCAAUUUAUUAAAAGGUAAAUUAAUAAACAUAUCUCUGACGUAAAAACCUUAUGUAUAUUCGCAAAAGAAUCAUUAACAUCACGAUAGAAAGCAACAUUUCAAUCAUGAACGACCAAUGACUCUGUUAAGGGAAUGUCGUAACGAAAUUUUUUGAUGGAUGCAGCGGGAGGAAUGGAUUUUUUUUCAACGAGGAAUCUCGCGAAGAUGGAAAUCUUGGAGGAAUGUUGGCGACGAGUUGAGAAGCACCAGCCUCGUUCCCACAUCAGACGCAUUCUUUCGACCAAUAGAAGUAGGUCGACCUAUGAUGUAAGUGGAAAAGUUGACUGGGGUGAGAACUGGAGACUGCAUCAUUCACAACAGUCGCAACCACAACAGUCGCAACUACAACAGCCACAGCCACAAAUCUACCCACAACAACGACUCCAGCGACAACUUCCAUCGCAUCAAAGACCACAUUCCGUAAAUGAACAACACAGUCAGGAUGAAGAACAACAACAUCAAAUCCAGAAAAAUGACCAACUAAACCGACAUUUUUAUGAAGAGCACUCGUUGAAAAGUGAACAACUCAACCCUCCAACAGGACAAAAACAGUUCACGCGACCACAACACCAACUACAACCUCAUUACAUAAGUGGCGUGAAAUUUUUUAAAAAUGAUGAUGACAAUAACGACAACAACAACAACAACAGCAACAGAGACAUCAACAACAAAAACAUCAACAAAAACAUUAGCAAAGACAACAACGACCCAGACGUCACAUCAAAUUCGAAUGAAGAUGCCUGCUGUAGAAUCUUCAUCUCCACAAUGAACUACUACAAUUUCAACGGUGGUAUUGAGCAAGACAAACCUGCCAUCAAAAACAUCACAAGAAAAACUGAUCACAUCAACAGCAAAACAACUGAUGUCAUUACUGCUUACAACCUCAAAGCUACAGAUUUUAAGGACUUUGACAAAACAACAGCCGAAUAUAAUUACAUUAACACGAAAAACAAACACAGCAAGAAUAACAACAAAACAAAUGGCAACAACAGAACCACAGAUUUUAACGACACCAACCAUAAAAUAAAUGACAUUAACAACAAAUUAUCAAACUAUAAUUACAUCAACGCAAACAACAACAUCAACAACAACAAAACUGAUAAUGACGAAAACAUUUACAGCACAACUAUGUUGAAUCGUUGUGAUGAUCAUCUUUAUGAGCAAAUUUUCAACAGCAUAAAACCCAGAAACGUCAUCCAGAAUAACAACAACAACAACAACACAUACAACAACAACAUAUACAACAGCAACAACAACCACAAAAACAACAACAACAACAUAUACAACGACAACAGCAACAACGACAACACGAACAACCGCCAAAGUAUCAAAAACAGCCACUUAACUGAGUUAAAAUGCGAUAUAAAUACCGGAUCGGAUGAAAAACCGUUUCUCAACCGAUACUUGAGUAUCAAGAAAUUGAAUGAAGACCCAACUGUUAUUAGUAACUGUCCGACGCCUUACUAUGAAGUUGAAGAUGCAACUUUUCGAGAUCCCAGGCACGAUCAGGAUGGCAACGAACUUUAUCCCAGUGUUGAGGAGCUUGAAAAAAUUGCGGACGAUGCCUUCCGGAGUUCUUUUCGUAGGGAUAAAAAAAGAUCCAGCUUCAUAAACAGACACUCACGAUGCGUCUACACGUCAGAUAUGUUGUUUAUGAUAGGUGGGCAUCUUUUUGCUUUUGAACUCGGUCACUACGAGUCCUCGGGCAUCUUGUGCCAGACGCUUUGA